CAACAUACCAACCAGGGUGUGAUCCACUAAGGACACUUGCGCUAUAAAAUUAACAAUAAAAUUCUGAAAAACAACCUCGUAAAAACCGAUACAACCAAAAAAACGGCCAAAAUAUUGUGAAAAACGCAGCCAAAUGUUUCAGUGAUCGAAAUCAUAUUAAACUUUCUUUCUCGCCUAUGCAAAAUGGCGUGUUAGAAAAUGGACGAGAACACACCUAAAAUGCCACUAAAGGAAAUACAUUAUUUAGAAAUUGUUUGAGUUGGAUAGUUUUCAAAGUGCGCGAAGAAGAAGACGAUAUGCACCCCUCCGCCAGGUGACGCUGCCGCUUACACCCGCGGAACAUGUCAUGGGACUCAAUCGAGUCGCGCGACUUCCUCGGCGGGGUGCCGGCGCACCAACUGUCGGCUACGCGGCUGCUCAGCUCCCCUGAUCCGUCGCGACAUCACAUAGAAGAUCCACCGGAACUGUUUCCGUUCUCAGAGGAGUACCCGACGGAAGGGCGCAAUGGUGCGAUCCGCUGGGGCUCCCGCUUCGGCCCGGCGCACCGGCCCUCUGCCGGCGUGCUCGAGUGCUUCCGCGUCUGCAGAUCGCGCAUCGACCAAUAUCUUGCCAGGAGAAAGAUCGAGCGUGGAGUCCGUCUGUACGGGCAGAACGAGCAACGCUUGGCGGUGAAGGUGUGGCUGUCAGCACUCCGCGGCGUGCGACAUCGGAGCGACAAGUUCGCUUUGUUAGGACAUCUCUAUCAGGCUUACAUGGACUUUGGGAAAUACAGAGAAUCUCUGGAAUUCGCGAACAGACAGCUUGGCAUAUCCGAGGAGCUGGACUCGGCUCCAAUGAGAGCUGAGGCUUAUCUCAACCUUGCUCGCACUCAUCAGACCUUGGGAGGACUUGACAGAGCUCUUUCCUACGCUCGUCACGCUUUAUACAACGACUGUGGCGGCGGCUCCACGGCAGGAUGUGUACAUCUCACAGUUGCUGCAGUGAGCUUGGAGCUAGGAGCCUUCUCCAAGGCGAUGGAUGGCUUUCAGAAGGCUUUAGCCGUGGCUCAGGCGCAGAAUGAUAACACGCUCUUAUUACAGGUGUACGUCGGUCUGUCAGAACUAUGGCGACGUCUCCGCGAUACUGAACGCGCAGUGGCUUGCGCUGCUCGCGCAUGCGAUCUCGGCCGCGGUCCACGAUCAACUGACCUCAACACGCGGCAUCAUCGCACCGCAUUAUUGCAAAUGGCGGCUGCAUUGCGCGCGAGAGGCGAGCUAGGAGAUGCGCAUGAUUAUUGUAAUGAAGCGCUACGCUUAGCAGCCGUGGCGGGUGACCAGGGUUGCUAUGUGCGCGCCGUGAGGAUUUCUGGCGAUGUUUAUAGAAGAAAAUGCGAUUACGGAAAGGCACUUAGAAACUACGAAGUGGCAAUGGGAGCUACGCAGACGCUUGGAGAUCGUUUAGCUCAAAUGGAAGCAAUGGAUGGAGCGGCGAGAUGCUUAGAGGCGUUGAGACUGCAAGGACGCAUAUGUAACUGUCGACCAUUGGAGUUCAACACACGGCUCUUAGAGGUCGCUACAUCCGUUGGUUCGAAGAUGCUAGUACGUCGUGUCAGACUUCGCCUGGCAGAAAUCUACACAGCUUUGGGGGACAACAACGCAGCGGCCAGACAGAAGCGCGCGGCUGGUGCCUGGGCUGCACCAACCUGCGCCAGGUGCAGAGAACCGCUUGCCGAACGAGCGGAGCCGCUCGCUUCGCUGCCUUGCGCACAUAUUGUGCACCACGCCUGCAUGCCCGAGUCAUGGUCGCGGCGCUCGACACGUAGCUCUGGAGGCGCAGAGUGUCUGGAGUGUGCCUCGCCCCGAGCGCCGCGCGUACCACCACCAGCUCCUCCCGCGCCUAGAAGCUUACCGUCACAAGUGGAUUUCCCAUUUGGCACACCACCAACCUUGCGCGAGUCAGAUUUGAACUCUGUACUCUCCGACCACAGCAGCCAGCAAGCCACGUCCAGCGUUUAAUUUAAUUUGAACUCUAUUUUUAUAAAAACAAAGGUCUUAUUCUUUUACUUACUAUUUCCCUAAUUGAUCCUCACAGUAGGUAGUUAGCUACUCUAUACAAAUUGAAAAUACGCUUAAUAAGACAGUCACCAGGAGACGUAAUAUUUUUUUAUUUAUUAGAUUGUUUGUCACACACGUUAUAAAACUUGUAAAUAUCUGCUGACAAUCGUUUUUCAGACUACAAAAUAUACGUCUUUAGUAUUUCUUUAUUUCAAUCUACACAAUCAUGUUUAACUAUACUACCUAAUUUAGCCUUCUAACUGGAUGCCACUGAUUUUUAAUCUUCUCUCUCUGUCUUUACGACGUAUUUAUUCCUCAUUGCUCAGGGCCGUGACAUCUUCAAGUUAAUCACAUAAUGAAAGGGGUUUUUGGAUAAUAAUACGUUGGGUUUACACAGAUCCUUCCACAUUGACUCAACAAAAAGUAUGGGAUUUCAACUAUUUUUAUCAGAUGUUGGUGUAAAUUACUGGGACCUACGGUUUCACCUGCUCUUCGAGACACGGGGCAAAUGUAAAGCUUCAAAGUUGGUCACCCAUCCAGUUACUGCCUUGGGUCAACGUUGCCAAGCCAGCGCAAAAUAUGCACUGCCGCAACUAGGCCCAUGCUCCUCAACGUUUCAUCCUCUGCAUAUCACGUAUGUCGUAUAUGUUAGGCUGAAGAAGUACCUAGUCAUCUAGAUAAUAUUAUUACUAAACUGUUGCGAUGAUGUUGAUAAAAGCGUCGACAUAAGUAGAAAAUGGACGCCUGAAAGGAUUUGCAAUGUCUUAAUAAGAUUUUUAAAUAUAGGAAAAAAGAAUAUUUUGAAAAAAUUGUUAUUUAUUAAUUUUUAAUUUAUUAAUAUAUGUAAUUUGUAUAUGAUAAUAAAUGUUUUUGCGAAAAGUGAUAUGGGAAAAUAUGUGACGAAAAUGAAAAAUAUACCUAAUAUAAAUAUUAAAAAGGAAGGAAAUGUCCAUAUCUAUUAAAUUUGUGUUUAAAAAAUAAGAUUUAAAAUACCUACGCUUUAUCGAAAUAACUAUUUUAUUCUGAUGAAAUGUUGAUGUCACAGAUAUUAUAAUGUAUUAUUAUGUAUUUGUCGUAUACAUGUCGUAAUUUAAGAUAGUAUAAAUGUAUAUUUAAUGUUAGGUUUUGUGAAAUUUAAUGACGCUUGUAUCGUGAUAUAUAUAUGUUGCUACUAAUAAUAUAAUUGAAUUACGUUGUAGUUAUAUCGUAAACCAUCGAGUUUUCGAAUGCUUAUCAAAAGCAAACAAAAUGAAAAUUUACUUUAAAUUAAUAAACUACUAUAAGUUGUUUGCAUUACAACAGUAGUUAAAAUAAAGUAGGUGAAUAUUUUGUAUUUUAUUAAAAACUUAAACACACAUUAAGCAAAUUUUGAAGUUAAAAAAUAUAUUUUAUACCUACUUCGUAAUAAAAUAAACAUCUCGAAGAAAGAUAAAUAUUUGAAACCACGAACUGCCAACCCAUUUCUUGUGGUCAAUUAAGAAAAUAAAAUUUAAAAUAAUAAAGGUACUUAUAGAAAAGCACUGGUUUUGUAAACACUUAAAAGUUGUUGAAGAUAAACUAGGUAGGUACCUACAUCAAUGCACAUAAAAUGAAAGUUCCGUUUUUAGUUGAAAAAUAUUAUUUUCAUACCUAUUUAUUCAUUGGUAGACAAGUAAACAAGUACGAAAUUAAGAUAUUACAUGAAACUCUCAUAAAUCAAAUUACCUAAUUACAUUCAAGUAGAAUUUCAUAUUUCACGAUAGUUUUUUUUUUGCAUACUUGUAUAACUUUUGUAUAAAAUAUUUUUACUUGGAUAAUUUUGUUAAAUAAGUGAUAAUUAAUUACUAUCUAAACAAAAAUACUUAAAGCAUUUAUUGUUAAAGUAACAUACAGAGAUAACUUAAAUAUGAAUGUCGCACAUAAUAUUAAAAGAAAAAAUAUUUGAAUUGAAUAGUGAUAUUAAUAAGAGGUAUAAAAAUAGAUAGAAGGCAAUAUUGAAUUUAAUUUAUUCUUGUAAAAAAUAUACUUAUAUUUAAUAAAAAUCUUCUUAUUAUAUUGUGUAAAACAGUAUUUCUUAAAACUUCUACUGCUUACACUUAGUUAAAAUAAAUCUCACUGUUUAUAGAAACUCGACUUAUGGCAUGUUGCCCGAUGAGAAGGUAAAGCAAUAAAAGAAAAUAUAUACCUCAUAAGUAGUAGUUAUUUUCUGUCUAUGAUGAAUAUUAUUUCAGUGUCAAUAAAACAUUUUUUGUGAAAGUAUGAAAUAUGAAUGGAAGUUAAAAUAGCUGAUUAAUUUAUAAUAGAAUUUAUGUAUAUUAUUUCAAAAAUAAAUUAUGUAUUUUUUCUUGCACCCUAUAUAGUUCAUAUUUUUUUUUUUCAAAUUCUACACUUCUAUUAGAUAGAAAUGUUUUAACAGUCAUUAACAAUUAUAAUUUAAUGUAACAGUAUUUAUUAUAUUACGUUUUAUUUUAAUAUCUCAAUACAUACUUAAUUAUAUACUUAUAACGAAAUUAAUAUUUUGCCUGUGUAAAACACUCAUGUGUUAAAAUUAUAUUUCAAUUUUGUAGUGUAUAUCUUUAGUAUUUUGACACUUAUAAUUUAAUUGAUAAAAUCUAUCUCAACGUUAUUCUACUAAUAAAUCUAUAAAAACAAAGUACUAUUUAAUAGUAAAAUGAACUGUAAAUAUAUAAUCUAAAUUCUACUUAUAUAAUUAAUGUGUACCUGAAAAACUCCUCGAAAAUAAUGUAAUACCAUUAAUAAAUAAUUUGAUUUUUCAUCGUGUAUAAAAUCACGUAAUAACUUGGAUAGUUAAGUUUCAUAACAUUAGACUAUUAUUCUAAUGGCAUACUUGCCUUUUUCUUUAAUCUCUCUUGUUUGUUUCAAAUUCCCAUACAAGUUGUAACAUUACCAAAUACUUAUCUUUGAUAACGCAUACACUUUGAAUUGUAGUGUGCACUAAUGGCGUAGACUUGUGUCUCGUACCUAUAAUAAUAAUCUAUAAUAAUUUUGACAAUGCGCUCAUUUUCAUCGGUUUUUAAUUUUUUUAUUAUUUUUAUGAAAUUCCCCACUGCGUCCUUUUUGUAAUUUAAAAUGAUGACGCUUAAAUAGAAUUUAAAACUGAGAUGAAAAUUAAGGGUAUUUAUUUUAUCCCACUGUCAUUAUAGAUUAAUGUAAUGAAUUUCGAGAAAAAUAUUACUUGCUAUUAAUAAAACAUGUUACUAAAUAUUAACAAUUCACUAAGUCCACCACAUACCAGAAAAAAAGAAAUUGUUAUAUAAUAAAACAUGUAGUUGUGAUUUUGGCGUUGUGUUUAUCUAUCAUUUUAGAUAAAAAUAUGUAAGAGUAUAAAAUAUAAUUAUUGUUCGUUAUAUUUUAAAUUUUAAUUGAA